AUGCGGCUUAUUUUGUAGCAGACUGUCUAUAGGUAUUCAUGCUCUUCAACUUCAGAACCAUUCGGAGUGAUGGAAUGAUAUUUCGAGUUUUGAAGUGCGCUCGGGUUUUAGAAGCGUUUUACAACAGUGAUUUGAUAUAUCUGAUGUAUACUAAGCUAAUGAAUUUUAAUUGUUACAUUUCAUAGACUGCCAUUAGUGUACGAUUGUACGAAACAUGAAGCAAAUCUUGUGUGGAAAGUUCGGGUAUAGCAUCCUGCUUAUAUCAAAAACAUCAAACUGUCCAGUCACCCUGAUCAAUUCACGUAAUGUGAUGUCUGGAAGAUUUGCUAAAUUAUAUAGACCUAUUUUAGCGUCACCACAGCCUCGUCACUUUAUUAAUUCUAGUCGGAGCUAUGGCAUGGUAGUUGCCAGAGUUCUAAGGGGUGUACUAAAAAUCCGUUAUCUAUUACUGGGUGGAGCAGUCGGUGGUGGUGUAACUCUACAAAAGAAAUAUGAACAAUGGAAGGAUGGUCUACCAGAUAUGUCAUGGUUGGAUGAAUUAAUACCAAAUGAACAGCAAUGGCAAGACUUUCGUGGUGCCAUGAUGACUUUCAAGAAUACUUUAUCAAACAAAAUCGAAAUUGAUCCCCGUAUAAAGGAACUUGGAGAGGCAAAAUAUCGAGAAUACAAGAUAUGGUUUGACCAAAGAUUAGAUGAUGCCAUUAAAGCAGCAGAUAACCGUAAGGGUGACCAGCUAACAGACACCUCUCCAACGCGUAUAUUUGAAGCGAUCACAGCCAUAGCAAACCAAGUUUACUCAGAGGCCAAGGGUGAACUGUCGAAGAAUUCAGUAGCUUUUGCACGACCCUUAAAUAAUGAGAAUAUCGAGGAGGAACGCAGAAAAGCCCAAUCAUCACAACAGAGAUUGGAUGCAAUGCAGGAGGAAGUGAUGCAAAUGCAACUAAAAUAUCAACGAGAGCUGGAACGUUUGGAGAGGGAGAACAAAGAAUUACGGAAACAAAUGUUACUCCGUGGGAAUCAAAAGCUCAACAAUCGAAAAAUCAAAAAAUCACUUAUUGACAUGUACAGUGACGUUCUGGAUGAGCUGAAUGAUUAUGACAGUGCUUACUCCACUGCUGACCAUUUACCAAGAGUGGUAGUAGUUGGUGAUCAAAGUUCUGGAAAAACUUCAGUACUUGAAAUGAUUGCCCAAGCUAGAAUAUUUCCUAGGGGUGGAGGAGAAAUGAUGACACGUGCUCCUGUCAAAGUGACAUUGAGCGAAGGUCCUUAUCACAUAGCACAGUUCAAGGACAGUACGAGAGAGUUUGAUCUCACAAAGGAAUCUGAACUAGCUGAUCUGAGAAGGGAGGUCGAGUUGAGGAUGAAAAACAGUGUGAAGAAUGGGAAGACAGUCAGUCAGGAUGUCAUUUCGAUGACAGUAAAAGGACCUGGUCUUCCGCGUAUGGUUCUGGUGGAUCUUCCUGGUAUAAUUAGUACAGUCACUGUUGACAUGGCUGAAGAUACACGUGAAGCAAUUCGCCACAUGACGCAACAAUAUAUGAGCAACCCAAAUGCUAUUAUUUUGUGUAUUCAAGAUGGAUCUGUGGAUGCUGAGAGGAGCAAUGUUACAGAUCUUGUAGCGCAGAUGGAUCCAACUGGUAAACGUACGAUAUUCGUACUCACGAAGGUGGAUAUGGCUGAGGAAAAUUUAGCCAAUCCAGACAGAUUACGUAAAAUAUUGUCAGGAAAACUAUUCCCGAUGAAGGCCUUAGGUUAUUUUGCUGUAGUCACUGGUCGCGGUCGACAGGACGAUAGUAUACAUUCUAUCAAGGAUUAUGAGGAAAAAUUCUUUAGGAAUUCGAAAUUAUUUAAAGAUGGUUUGGCUAUGUCGGGCCAAGUAACUACUAAAAAUUUGAGUUUAGCAGUGGCUGAAUGUUUUUGGAAAAUGGUUAGGGAGACUGUCGAACAACAGGCAGAUGCUUUCAAGGCAACUAGGUUUAAUCUAGAAACCGAAUGGAAGAAUAACUUUCCAAGGUUACGCGAAUUAGACAGAGAUGAGCUUUUUGAAAAAGCACGUGGGGAGAUUUUGGAUGAGAUAGUUAAUCUCUCCCAAGUGUCAGCGAGACACUGGGAUGAAGUCCUGAUGGCACGACUAUGGGACAAAGUCAAUACUCACGUUUUCGAAAAUAUCUAUUUACCUGCUGCCCAAAGUGGAGACACGGGAACAUUCAACACUACCGUGGAUAUUAAACUAAAACAAUGGGCUGAGCAGCAGUUACCAUUAAAAAGUGUAGAAACUGGAUGGGAAAGCUUGCAGCACGAAUUCCAACAAUUCAUAAAUCGUGCUAAGCUGAACACUGAUCACGAUGAUAUCUUUGACAACUUGAAAACUGCUGUAGUCAACGAAGCCAUGAAGCGACACUCUUGGGAAGAGAAGGCUUCGGAGAUGCUACGUGUUAUCCAAUUGAAUACUUUGGAGGAUCGUAGUGUCAAUGAUAAAAGAGACUGGGAUCAGGCAGUGCAGUUUUUAGAAACUUCAGUAAAGGAUAAACUCCAGAGUACCGAGCAAAUAAUUCGUGAUAUGCUUGGACCUGGACGUAUGGAACGUUGGCUCUAUUGGCAUUAUCAGACAGAGGAACAGAAAAAACGAGUAGCAGUUAAAAAUGAGCUUGACAAAAUAUUAUAUAGUGACAAAAAACACACACCAACGUUAACACAGGAUGAAUUAACGACAGUUAGGAAAAACCUACAACGCAAUGGAUACGACGUAGAUAAUGAAGUUAUUAAGGAAGUUUGGCAUCCGGUUUAUAGAAGAUUCUUCUUGCAACAGAGUUUGGCCAGAGCUUAUGACUGCAGAAAGGGUUACUUUCUCUAUCACACGGGUCUCGAUACCGAGAUGGAUUGCAGUGACGUUGUACUAUUUUGGAGAAUUCAACAGGUUAUAAAAGUUACAGCUAAUGCAUUAAGACAGCAAAUCAUGAAUCGCGAAGCGCGCAGGCUUGACAAAGAGAUCAAGGAGGUCCUAGAGGAUUACAGUCAGAACAACGAAAUAAAAGCGAAAUUAUUAACUGGAAGACGAGUUACUUUAGCGGAAGAAUUAAAACGAGUUAGGCAGAUUCAAGAAAAGCUAGAAGAAUUCAUUCAGGCAUUGAACAAAGAAAAGUGAAAUGAAGGAACCACAAACGAGUACGGACAAACCGAAGUUGCAUCUUGUAUAAAAUGUCUAUGAAGUCAAUCCGGGUGGUUGGCUAUUCUAUGCCUGCUUAGGAACCAUUGAUAUUAGCACUUAAGUCAUCAUACUAAGCAUGUUCUUCGGUCGGGAUUUGAAUUCUUCAAAUACCGUUAUAUCGAACCGUUCAGCAUUUUUUUAAUUUUGGAAGCCUGCAAAGCCCGACUUAGACCAUACAAAGAUGACGCAAAGUGCUUUGCCGAUAUUGUAUCGAUAGGUAUGAAUCUUAGUUGUGAACGUAGUGCGUGUUCAUGAGAACAGUUGGUCAUUAACAGGGAAAAAUUGCACUUCGAUCGUAUAAAUCGAGUAAACAGAUGCCAACCCCGGACGUACCAUUGUACAUUACAGCAUGUAGAAAACCUUGAAAUGUUGAAAAAAAAACCUUAAUUGGCGUCCGAUGUGUAUAAGCGUUGUUAUAAGAAUCCAAUUAAAAUAAAUAUAAAAAAGUCCUCCUUAUCAUA